UGCGUGAAACUUAUUCCGACAUUCUUGAUUCGUUACUUUCAGGCUUAUAGUAAAUCCGAUGUUCUGAUAGUACAUCAAAAACUGGCAGAACUCAGGAAGAAAUGGAUGGAGAAGCUACAAAGCAAGGAAACUACGAAGGUUCAGUCUCUACAAAGGGUACCAAGCCGAAUGCAACCGGAAACGUUUCCACACGAAGAUGGUCCCACAGUGCUUCCCAUUCAUGAAGUCAACAAAAACGCAAACCUGAGCGAGUUCAUGUAUCAAGCUGACAUGGUGCUCACUCUAAUCCAAGCUGAGCAAAUUGGUAACAACAGCGAAGAUGAUCGCACGAAGCGUCAGGCCUACCGCGACAUUUUCUAUCCAAACACAAUUUGGGGAAGAACGGUCUACUACUACUUUGAUCCUACUGCAAAGUUCAAUAUGUGUGAUAAACGGCCAAUGCAAAGGAAGGUACAAUAA